AUGAUUGACGCUGCCAUAAAGCUUCAUAAUUCUCAAGUCUCCAAUGCUGUGAUCGAUGCUAAGCAUGAGCUGAUCAGAGACUUUCAGGAUCAGAUGGCACGAACCAAAGGCAACCUUAAGCUACUUACUGGCACUGCGGUUACUGAUGUGACCUAUCUCGCCAAAGUAGAUGGGAACAUUGAGCUUGUUGGACUUUUUCAGGACGAGGAACCCCCGACUGUGGACGAUGAAAUAAAGAAGCUCAGAGCUCGCGAGGUAGAGUAUGGUAGAGGGUACAAGCGUUUUGAUAGUGCUCUUGCCGCUCUGAAGACAAAGCUUGUGGUUCCGUCUCUAAAGAAGAACAUUCUUGACGAGAUCAAUAUCAACGAGCCGAUGGAGCUUUCCACAGCGAGAAUUGGGAUUCUUGACUUGCUCGAAUGCGGAAAAUCCUAA